AGCUCGGGAGCAGCUUGCAGAACUCGCCGCCGCGCCGCGCUCGUCCCCCGCGCUCCUCGGCGCACACAGGGAGUCGGCCCUCGGCCAUGGGGUGUUUUGAGUGCUGUAUUAAAUGCCUGGGAGGCAUUCCCUAUGCCUCGCUCAUCGCCACCAUCCUGCUCUAUGCAGGGGUCGCCCUGUUCUGUGGCUGCGGUCAUGAAGCUCUUUCUGGAACAGUCAACAUCCUGCAAACCUACUUUGAGAUGGCAAGAACCGCUGGAGAUACACUGGACGUCUUCACCAUGAUUGACAUCUUUAAGUACGUGAUCUACGGCAUUGCAGCUGCAUUCUUUGUGUACGGCAUCUUGCUGAUGGUGGAAGGUUUCUUCACGACUGGUGCCAUCAAAGAUCUCUAUGGGGACUUCAAAAUCACCACUUGCGGCAGAUGCGUGAGCGCCUGGUUCAUUAUGCUGACAUACCUUUUCAUGUUGGCCUGGCUGGGAGUCACGGCUUUUACCUCACUGCCAGUUUACAUGUACUUCAAUCUGUGGACCAUCUGCCGAAAUACCACCUUGGUGGAGGGAGCAAAUCUCUGCCUGGACCUUCGUCAGUUUGGGAUUGUGACAAUUGGAGAGGAAAAGAAAAUUUGCACUGUCUCUGAGAAUUUCCUGAGGAUGUGUGAAUCCACUGAGCUAAACAUGACCUUCCACUUGUUCAUCGUGGCACUUGCUGGAGCUGGGGCCGCAGUUAUCGCUAUGGUCCACUACCUGAUGGUCCUGUCUGCCAACUGGGCGUACGUGAAGGAUGCCUGCCGGAUGCAGAAGUAUGAGGACAUCAAGUCCAAGGAGGAGCAAGAGCUGCAUGACAUCCACUCCACUCGCUCCAAAGAGCGGCUCAACGCGUACACAUAAAUGGAGCCCCGUCCUUUCUCCCACUGGAAUGCAUUGGUGUUUAACUAAAGGGCCAUCCAACCAUCCAACCUUUUGCAAAACAAAAUGAAAGUGCUUCUCAUCAAUGAUAUGUAGGGUGACUUAUGAAUCAUCCGAACACGAUUCUUUGCUGGUUAGCACUUAAUGUCUGAAUUUGUGAAAUGGUGUAAUCAUAGAUCUUCUACAAGCUCCUAUCCAGCCUUUCUUCUUUUUGAAAUUUGUGAAAUGCAUUUAAUAAUUCGUAAGGUCAAAGAUACUACUAACAUUGUCAAAUGCAAAGAUUUAUUUGACUUUUAACCACUCCCUAUGCGUCACACGUAACACCUAUUGCAUUGUUUCUUAUGUUUUGAAAAGAAAACUAGCUUUUUAUACUUUUUAGUUUUGAUUUCGGUAACUAGUUUAACUACAGGUAACCUUCAAAGGGACCAUUGUACAUGAUGAACAACUGACAGAGAUGAUACCACUAUGUCGCUUCUGGAAAUAUGGAAAACUUGCAGGAAGAUCAGUGGCCGUGGUCUGACAGGCCCUGGUUAACGUUUUCAUCAAUCUAAGGUGCAAUUUCUAAAUUUGUAAGAGUAGGUUCCAAAAAAGUGCUUCUUAUCUUUGUUAACAUUGUAUUUUUUCUCGAUGUACUUAAAAGGUAUUUCCCUCUGACUCAUGUUUUGUUGUGAGCAUGUAGACAGUGUUGCUAAUGCAUGGCUCCUUGCCUUCACAAGACCUUGACGCCAGGCUUACCUGUUCAAGUUGAGUCUAGACACACUUAAAAGGAAAUAACUACUGUGGGCUCUCGGAGAAAGACUUCUUUGUGAUUUGAGCAGUGGCUGGAUUGGAACUUUUAAUAUGCUAAUGUGGAACAUUAAUUACCUUUAUGAAGGUGGUAUAUUAAAAAUAAGCACACUAACCCCUGGGAAGUUGUUUCACCUACUUUAAAAGUUUUAAUGGAUUGCACCUCUGUAAACUAUCCCUAAAAUGUGUAUGAUAUAUUUGAAAAGGCUUCCAUUAAUAUAAUAGCUUUGCUUGCAGCCUUCCAAUCUAUGUUGGUUUACCUGUAGUGUUUUUUUUAAAGUGUGGUCAGAGGCCACUAGAGAAUGUAUCCUUUCGAAGUAUAGUGAUAUUUUGUGUCUUUAUUUCAAGUAAGUCAUUUUAACCAAAUGUUCAUUCAUAUUCAUUUAUAAGAAGUACCUAUAUCAAAGGAAUAAAAAAAAGCAAUCAGUAUUAUUGGACCAAAUUUGGUGUUUGUUUUAACCUUGACUCUUCUUUUGAUUAUUUCUAAUGCUACAGGAAUGCUGUAAAGUGUCUUUUAAAAUGAUGUAGCCUGACAAGACAUUUUUGUCAGUGUUUAAAAACUAGGUAGUUAUUGUGCACUGAUUUGACCAUUGUGAAAUCCUUUCUCAGUGUAAGUGCAUUUCUAAUAAAAUUUAUUGAGUGAAACAAUCUUUGUACAACGACGAGUCGUAUGCAUCAUCCGUAAUUUUACAAGUUCUUGUAGUAAGUAGGGGGUAUAUUAGGGUUCUGUGGCAUGAUUAUGCAUUCUGUAGUAUUAUUUAAUUCAUUUGGGGUUGGUUUUGCUUCUUUUUUUUUUACACUUAGACUCUUACUGGUUCAACAUUUUCUGAUAUAUGCAGUAUUACAGCUAUACAGCAAAAGUAUUAAUGGGCUUCUUUAAAUUCUAUAUUAUAGUGUUUCAUUUCUGUGUCUUAACAGUUUGUGAUGAUUUUUAAAACUGUCCUUUAAACUUAUGUAAUGAUGUUGAUGCUUUUGGCUUUUUUUUCUGGUAUUAGAGUUUGUAUUUUCACAAAGAGUGCUUUGUAGCAGGCAUUACAAUUAAUCUGUUUUGUACAUAAAUGUGCCAACAGCUUGAUGGUGGCAUUUUUGAAAUGUAGAACCAAGUGCUUGCCAAAUGUAAUAAAUACACUUGUGGACUUUGUGUACUUAUUAUUAG